CAAAUCAAAGUAUUUUUCUACAGACCUGGGGAUGCUCUGGUACGGAGUGACAGGGGUGUCGUUCAACCCAGCUGAUCCUGCUGAGGUGAUGCUUAACACAGGCACAGCAGCUCCACUUCUGUCAGAUCAUCCAAGACCACUUGUUCCUACACCAGUCUCCUAUAGUGACCCUAUGCCCACCCAGCAUACACAGAUGCUUUAUGACCCCAACACUGGAGACUACAUCACUCAGCCAGAAUAUAUGUAUGAGUCCUACGAUAACUACGAUGAAGAUUCCUCUGGUAGCCAUGUCAUGCAGCAACAAGGAACACCUCCCAUCACAGAGGCUGGUAUGGUGGGCCAAGCUGAUGAAUCUCCACCACCUGUACCAAAAUCAAAGAAACCCAAGGUUCAUCAUCAUCCAGCAUUGAAACUCAAGACUCCAAUUGCUUACCAAAAGGACACUGAUCUCAGUGCCAUACCCAUCAUGCGAGAAGGAAUGGCCGUUUGUGAAAAAUGUGGCGCCAUCGGGGUCAAACACGCAUUUUAUGGAAAAGAGAGAAAGUUUUGUAGUUUAGCAUGUGCCCGAGGUCCCCUUCCACCUUCUCAGCAGAUGAUUGAAAAUCCCUUAGCGGAGAAGGAAGUGCCAGAAGAACAAGAAAAGUCCGUCUCGGUGCAAAAGGCUGUUGGUCAGGCAACAGCAGCACAGCAGCAGCAGCAGCAGCAGCACCUGUCAGUGGUACAUCCUCAGCCAUCCUCGGUGCCGACAGAACCACUUGCAUCACCCACCUACCUUCCCCCACCAGAGUCCACAAUUGAUCUGGAUGGAACUUUUUCGUGGUCUGUUUCAUAUCUUGAUGACCCCAACUUUAGAGCUGUGCCUGUGAGCUGUUUCAGACAUGCACCCAUGUCUGAGUGCUGGGAGCAGAUGAGUGCUGGGAUGAAGGUGGAGGUGGCGUGUGGGGAAGAAGGUGUUACAAAGGAUGCAUUUUGGGUGGCUACUGUGGUCACUAUUUCAGGUUACAAGGCUAAACUGCGGUUUGAAGGAUUCGUGGAGGACAGUUCUAAGGAUUUUUGGGUUGAUCUUUGUUCUGAAGAAGUGCACCCUGUUGGCUGGUGUGCGACACAGGGUCGACCUCUGAUACCACCACGGACCAUCCAGCAUAAGUAUCGAGACUGGAAAGAAUUUCUCAUGCGAAGAUUGACUGGUGCUCGUACUCUGCCAACAAAUUUCGUGUCUCGUGUUGUAGAAAGUCAAAAGUCACGAUUUAGACCUGGCCUAAAUUUAGAAGUUGUUGACAAAAAUCGCAUUGCUCAGAUGAGAGUUGCCACUGUAACGGAGGUAGUGGGCAAGAGAUUACACCUGAAGUACCACGGAGCACCGCCAGAUGAUAAUGGAUUUUGGUGUCAUGAAGAUGCUCCAAUAAUUCACCCGGUGGGAUGGUCUCGAGAAGUCGGACAUGAGAUAGUUGCCAGUCAGUCAUAUCAUGAGAAGUGCAUCAGUGGAACCUACGAUCCAAAUGAUGCACCGCCAGAACUCUUUGCCAUUGCUCCUAUUCCUAUAUAUUUCCGCAACUCUAAGUUGGUCUUCUGUGAAGGAAUGAAGCUGGAAGCUAUAGACCCUCUCAACUUGUCAGCUAUCUGUGUAGCUACGGUCAUGAAGGUCCUGCACAACAACUACCUCAUGAUAAGAAUAGAUAGUUAUGAAUCGGACAACACAUGUUCUGACUGGUUCUGUUACCAUGCUACAUCCCCUUGUAUCUUUCCUGCUGGAUUCUGUGAGAUGAACAACAUUACCCUCACUCCUCCUAGAGGUUAUGAGGGACAGUUCUCAUGGUUUACUUACCUCAAGAAGACUCAGGCCACUGCAGCACCACCAGCACUCUUCAAUAGAGUAAGUUACUCUUCAAUUUUGGCAGAGCUUCUCCCAGCGCCAGAGGAAGAACAUUGCUCUACAGCCAGUAAAGUUCGACGCGGUCCAGCUAGAAAAGAUGCGCGACGAUCUCCACGUGGGACUGCGAUCACAGCUAAUAACACAAAGACACUUCCUGUAAGAGCAACCCGGGCAAGGACUUUGCCAACCUCAUACAACCAGUCAGAUGAUGAUGAUGUCUCAGAUGAAACCUCCUCUGGUGUUGCAUCAUUAGAUGGGAAUGAGAGUUCUGGAGAAGCAUGGGACAUGGAUGAGAGAUCUUGUAACCCCUCGUCAGUAAGUCCUGUGCUACCACAGACAGAGUUACAGAGCAUUUCCACACAACACGACCUCACUUCUUCUAGUAUAACAGAAAAUAAAGUUCAGGAUGUCAGAAAUCAAACGGUUCAGUUGGAUCAGAAGCUUAGUCAUGGUAAUAGCAGUCAACCGGUAUCUAUGAGACAAGUUAAAGACGCUCAUGUAUUGAACAACAGCCAGUCAGUUUCAGAGGAUAACCAACUUGGUGUGCAGGCCAACAUCCAGUCCAGCCUUCCUCAGCCUGUCAGUAAAAGUAACAACACACAGUCUACUUCAUUGAAACCUAACACAACUACCACAACACCAAGUACUCCAAAAGAUGCCAGUAAACCUCAAGUUCCAGUGCAGCCUCAAAACCAUAAGAAUGGUAUCUUCCAGCAGAGUAAAAGCACGUCACAGUCUCCCAUAGUUUCUUCCACAGUCACCACUCAAGCCAGCAGCACCCCACAAGUGUCUGUAUUAUCAUCUGAAACACAAAGUGAAUCUCAGAUUACUACUUAUAUUCCAAGACUAAUAGAUGGCCCAGUUAAAGAUGGAUCGAAAGUUAAGCCUAAACUAUGGACCCCUCAAGAAGUGGCUCAGUUCCUAAAGACAAAUGAUUGUGGAGCAUAUUGCGAUAACUUUAUAUUACAGAAUAUCCAUGGGUCGCAGCUGUUAACACUCUCCCAAAAUGACGUAAUGGGCUUGACAGGAAUGAAGGUAGGACCCUCCCUGAAGAUCCAUGACCUCGUACAACAGUUACUGGCUCUUGUCAACCCUGCACAGGCACGCUACCAGGCCACCCUCAUGAAAAGAGGUCUCUCCUUUACUUGAAAUUGCCAUGUAAUGAGAAAUUAUUUGAUAUAAUAGAGUUCCUUCUUACGAAGUAAUAGUACAAGUUUAAUGCAGAGGAAAGAUGGAAAUAUUUAACUUUCUCUUUUUUUUUUUUUUUUUUUUUACAUAUUGCAUAUCUCAUAUCUUUACCAUCAGCAGUUUUACUCAAUAUGUAGUGGGUAUAUGACUGGUAUUUUUAAGCACAUUCUCAGAAUAUUUAAUGAGUGCAUACGUUUGUCUUAAUAAUUGUCAAUAUCUUUAAGGCAGAGAAGUAUCGAGAUUUGUGUUUGUAUUUAACAGUCUUUCUACAUUUAUAGUCAGAUACAAUUGAGAGAGGAAUUUUGUUGCAACUUUAUUUAAUACUAAUUUGUAUAGUUCAGUCUGCAACCAGUGAAAUAAUAAUAAAAAUCAUGACUUCUUUA